AAGAUAAUUUACUGAUAAAUUCAUCAUUUGUUUUAGAUCUGUCAAUAAUUUUUCCAAUUACUUUGUGCCGUUAAGUGUCUAAAUCUAAAAAAUUAACACUCAUUUCAAAAUUUUUGUCAUCGGCGUAGUAAUAUAAGGCCACUACCACAAAUCAUACAUCCUUUUCUGUUUAGCUUUGCAAGUAGAAUCAUGUCGUAUACAAACGAUAGAAGAGAAGAUUGGGGUGGUGAGAAAGAUGGACCCGCAUCAGAGAAAGAACCCCCAACAUACGAUGGUCCACCAGGUAUGGACCCGGAAGGUGUUAUUGAAUCAAAUUGGGAAGAAGUUGUUGACAACUUCGAUGACAUGAACUUAAAGGAAGAAUUAUUACGUGGUAUUUAUGCUUACGGUUUUGAAAAACCAUCCGCCAUUCAACAGCGUGCGAUUAUGCCAUGCGUUAAAGGUUACGAUGUAAUCGCUCAAGCGCAAUCUGGUACUGGUAAAACAGCUACAUUUUCUAUAUCAUUAUUACAACAGAUUGAUACAGGGUUACGAGAAUGUCAGGCAUUAAUCUUAGCACCGACUCGUGAAUUAGCGCAACAAAUCCAAAAAGUUGUGAUUGCAUUGGGUGAUUUUAUGAAUGCUCAAUGUCACGCAUGUAUUGGCGGUACAAAUGUACGUGAUGAUGUUAGAAAGUUAGAAGCUGGCGUGCAUGUAGUUGUUGGCACACCAGGUCGAGUGUACGAUAUGAUUAGUCGUCGAGCGUUACGUACAAAUAGUAUAAAACAAUUUGUAUUAGACGAAGCUGAUGAAAUGUUAUCACGUGGUUUCAAAGAUCAAAUUCAUGAUGUUUUUAAGAUGUUGAAUAGCGAUGUUCAAGUGAUUUUAUUAUCGGCCACAAUGCCAACAGAUGUAUUAGAAGUAACAAAAAGUUUUAUGCGUAAUCCAAUUAGAAUAUUGGUGAAAAAGGAGGAAUUAACAUUGGAAGGUAUUAAACAAUUCUUUGUGAAUGUUGAACGUGAAGAUUGGAAGCUGGAAACCUUGUGUGAUUUAUAUGAUACGUUGUCAAUAACACAAGCUGUUAUCUUCUGUAAUACACGUCGUAAGGUUGAUUGGUUAACUGAGAAUAUGCAUAAUCGUGAUUUUACUGUGUCAGCCAUGCACGGUGAUAUGGAACAACGUGAACGUGAUGUUAUUAUGAGACAAUUCCGUACUGGUUCAUCACGUGUCCUGAUUACGACAGAUUUGUUAGCCCGUGGUAUUGAUGUACAACAAGUAUCGUUGGUUAUCAAUUAUGAUUUACCGUCCAAUCGAGAAAAUUAUAUUCACAGAAUUGGGCGAGGUGGACGAUUUGGUCGUAAAGGAGUAGCCAUCAAUUUUGUGACUGAAGUAGACAAGCGUGUGCUCAAAGAUAUUGAGCAAUUUUAUAAUACACACAUCGACGAGAUGCCAUUGAAUGUUGCCGAUUUAAUCUAGAUUCUACUUGCUGCCCUUUCAAAACUAAAAAAAAUCAAAAAUCGCUAAAUGUGUGUAUUGUGACGUUGCCUAGAGUUUCUUAUGGUGUGAGUAUUUAAGCUGAUGACCGAUGAAUUUACUUUUCCCUGCCGAUGCCGCACAUUGUUGAAGACUGCGAAUUUCUUUAUAUAUAUAAUUUAAAUAAAAUUUGUAUAUGCGAAAAUAUUGUGCGCCACUCGAUUCUCCAGGUCAGCGAACCAAAACGCGCGCGCCGCGAAAACAAGCAUCAUCGUCGAGUCUUUGAUUUGCUCUUCGAAGCAAAUCAUUACUCUAAUUAAUUAAUUAAUUUAAAUAGAUACAAAUUAGAGCUAUUUGAGAUUAGUGUACACGAACUUUGAGUGUCCAAAACAGUUAAUCAAUUAUUUUACUUUAUUUUUUUUUUCAUUUACUAGAUAUUCAUGUUUUGAUUUUUAGUGUAGUGUGUAUUAAUUUAUAUAUAUAUUAUAUAACAGUAAAAAUAUUCUACGGUAAGAAAAAGUGCUACGUUACGUAGGCAUCGCCAACAAAUCCAUUACAAAUAUGCGGCAACGCGGUUACAACGUAACUGCGUUGCCUUCAACGCCGUUCUAUCAACAUCUUAAACAACCUCCAGUACCGUUACUCCAGCACUGUUGUCUUGGCAAGGGUGUCGUGGGGUUUUGGAGGGGCUAUUUUAAUAGAAAACGAUGUAGAAGAAGAGAAAAAGUUUCCAAGAAUUCCAAUCAGAUUUGUUUGUCGUUCUCCCCACAACUCCCCCUUUUUGUAAUAAUCUGUAAAAUCAAAUAUACUAAUAAAAGUAUAAGAAAAAAACA